UACAAUAGUGAAACAUGGCACCUGUCUAGUACUGCGGGAACUGGAUCGCUGUUUGGCAGAAAUAAUAUAAUAUCACAGAAUAGAUCACACUUUUACUGCUUAGCGUUUUAACCCAUACGAUGCAGAAAAUCAAGUCUUUGAUAGCCCGUCAGGGUCUAAAAAGUCCUCAGGAGAGUGUGGUUGACAUGAGCCCCUUGGAGAACUUUAGGACCCCCAGCAAGGAGGAGCUGAGGGAACUGAGAGAGCAGCCCACUGAUCCACAGGCAGAACAGGAAACCAUUGAGAGCAUAGAGGAAGUGUACUUCUCCAGUGACUCCUUUGAUAUGGUGCAGUACGAGCUGGAGAAACUCCCCCCAGAUCUUAACCUUCAAGAACUGGAGGAGUACAGAGAUAAGCUGAAGAGACAGCAAGCAGCUGUAUCUAAAAGAGUGGCAGACCUCAUCUUGGAAAAACAGCCAUCCUAUGUUAAGGAGCUUGAGAGAGUGACAUCUCUACAGACCAACCUGCAGCUGGCUGCAGUCAUCUGCAUAAAUGCACGAAGGCAACUUCGUUCCGCUAAAGAGGACUUCACUGAAGCCAGUCUGGGACUGCUGGCCAAUCAAAGACGCCGACAGCUGUUAACAGGAUUGUUGAAGUCUUUGAGGACCAUAAAGACUCUGCAAAGAACUGAUGUCAGACUAAGUGAGAUGCUGGAGGAGGAAGACUAUGCAGGUGCCAUCCAGUUGUGUUUAGAAUGCCAGAAGGCCGCCAGCACUUUCAAGCACUACAACUGUAUAAGUGAGCUGAAUUCCAAACUGCAAGACACUCUGGAGCAAAUAGAGGAACAGCUAGAUGUGGCGCUUUCCAAGACCUGCAAGCACUUUGAUGUCUCUCACUACACCAAAGUUCAGUUGGCAUAUAAACUUCUGGGUAAGACACAGACGGCCAUGGACCAGCUGCACAUGCACUUCACCCAGGCCAUCCACAACACAGUCUUCCAGGUGGUGCUGGGAUAUGUAGAGUUGUGUGCUGGCAAUGCCGACACCAAGUUCCAGAAGAUGCAGUACAAGGAUCUUUGCACGCACAUUACACCAGACAGCUACAUCCCCUGCUUGACGGACCUCUGUAAGGCUUUGUGGGAGGUGAUGCUCAGUUACUACCUAACCAUGCAGUGGCAUGAUGAGCACUACAAAGAAGAGUUGACGACUCCUGCAGCCGAUGGCUCCAUUGAAGAGGGCUCAGAAGAAUCCAAUGUGGGCCGCAGUUACAUGAAAAAGAAGCUGGAACACGGUUUAACACGCAUCUGGCAGGAUGUCCAAUUGAAAGUGAAAGCCUAUUUACUGGGAACGGACAUGUCCAACUUCAAGUAUGACGACUUCAUUGUGGUGCUGGAUGUUAUCAGCAGGUUGAUGCAGGUGGGAGAGGAAUUCUGCGGCAGCAAGUCAGAGGUUUUGAAGGAAUCCAUUAAGAGACAAAGUGUAAACUACUUUAAGAACUAUCACAGAACUCGACUGGAGGAGCUACGAAUGUUUCUUGAAAAUGAGACAUGGGAGUUGUGCCCUGUGAAGUACAACUUUAGUAUCGCCCAACUCCACGAGUUUAAGUUCAUGGGUCAGUGUCGAUCUCCAUCAGUAUCUCCAAGCAGACAACCAGAAUCCACAGAUCUCGUGGAGGUUUCUCUCUUUGGGCAGUACCUACAGGGUGGAAACCCCUUUGAGAUGCAGAUAGACAAUAAAGAAGAGGAAACGGAUGAUGUCCUGGCCUCUAAUGGGUAUGAGUCAGAUGAGCUGGAGAAGAGUGUGUAUCAGGAUUAUGACAGUGACAGUGAUGUAGACGAGGAGCUCAAACAGGACUAUGUAGAUGAACAGACCGGUGACGUGCCAGUGAAAAGCAUGUCCAGAGAGACCCUUCGCAGCCGGAAAAGGUCUGACUACAAUCUGAACCGAGUCAAUGCCCCCAUCCUCACCAACACCACCCUCAACGUGAUUCGCCUGGUCGGGAAAUACAUGCAAAUGAUGAAUAUUCUGAAGCCCAUCGCCUUUGAUGUCAUCCACUGUGUGUCUCAGCUCUUUGACUAUUACCUGUAUGCUGUCUACACCUUCUUUGGCCGCAAUGACAUGUAUGAAUCAUCUGGCCUGGGGUUGAUCAGCAGCAGACUGAGGACGACCCUCAGCCGUAUCCAAGAGAGCCUUAUAGAUAUGGAGGCUGGAGGGGAGAGUGCUGGCCCUCAUGCAAAUUCAGAGGAGAGGAAGGAGAAGGUCCCCAGCCCUCACCUCAGUCAGCUGGUCAUCCUGACAGCCAGUUGCACACUGUACGGUCUGGCUGAGAGAGUCGUCGCCACUGAAUCACUAGUCUUUCUGGCAGAGCAGUUUGAGUUCCUUCAGCCCCAUCUCGACACCAUGAUGCCUUCAGCCAAGAAGCCCUUCCUCCAGCAGUUCUACUCACAGACUGUAUCUACGGCCAGUGAACUCCGCAAGCCCAUUUACUGGAUAGUGGCAGCUAAAGCCAUAGAUUACGAGCAGAUGCUGUUGCUGAUGGCUGGAGUGAAAUGGGACAUUAAAGAGAUAAUGUCACAGCACAAUGUCUACGUGGAUGUCCUUUUAAAGGAAUUUGAGAAGUUUAACCAGAAACUGGGAGAUGUGUCAAAAGUUGUUCGGAUUCCUCUGCCCGUUUCCAAUGUCUUAUGGGAGCACUGCAUUCGUCUGGCCAACAGGACAUUAGUGGAGGGCUACGCUAAUGUAAAGAAAUGCAGUAAUGAAGGACGUGCGCUGAUGCAGCUGGACUUCCAGCAGUUCCUGAUGAAGCUAGAGAAGCUCACAGACCUCAGACCAAUUCCAGAUAAGGAGUUUGUGGAGACCUAUAUCAAGGCAUACUACCUAACUGAGAAUGACAUGGAGCAGUUUAUCAAAAACCACAGGGAAUACUCCAUGAAGCAGCUGACUAACCUGGUCAACGUCUGCCUCGGGGCCCAUAUCAACAAGAAGGCAAGACAGAAACUCCUCGCAGCUAUCGAUGACAUUGACCGGCCAAAAAGAUAAAGGCAACUCCAGUCUCAACAGAAUCAUCAUGGAAACCAUACCCACCUAUAGUAUACUGUUACUUGUCCUCAGUCGGUAUCCAGUACAUACUCAGCUUGUGCUUUAUUUUUCAAACAUUUAAAUGUGUGCAGCUUCUGUUUACAUUUCAUUACGAAUGUAAGCAGGACAUGCUGUGAAUACAUACUGUAAUGAUGCAGGCCUAUGAAGGGUUGUAAACAAAAAUGGUAAUAAGGGAAGUGUUAUCAGUAUCGCUUCAAUGACAACGAGAAUGAAAGAUUUCAAACAAUUAUUUGAACAUAGCUGUGGCUAAGCAACCAUUUUGUCCAUAUGCCCUUUUUGCACCGUUUGUAAUGAUUCGGUAACAAGGGUCCUUUUGAAAUGAUGACCAAGACAUGUACUUCACAGUUUGACACUUUGAGGCUUUGUUCAAGUCUGUUAUUUUAUUGAAAAUGCAUGUACAUUGCAGAACUUUUCGUGUUUUAACAGGCUGCUGCUGUUCAUUUUACGAGUUUUUUCCACUCUGUUACACAAGCACCUCAUACUGUACGUUUUACAUUGCAACUUAUUGUCACUUCUUUAAUAUUGAUUUUAUAAUUUAAGACGCUUAUAGAAAUGUGGUUGAUCCCAGAGAGAGAUUGUUGUAUUGUUGUCUUUUUCAUAAAAAAAAACUUUUGUUCAGGAAUGUGAUUACUUGUAUGUUAAAAAUAAUAAUAUUAAGAGCAUAAACUAAAAAGAACUUGACUCCACAUUACUUCCCAAUAGAAAUGGAUAAAUUCUCCUGUGUAUUUGGGACUAUUUACUUUAGAUGCUGUAUGUCUGAAAUGUAGAAAUGUAAUGUAUAUCGCUAACAGAAGUACUGUAUGUUGCUUUCUUUGUGCUGUGCUGUUUUCAGAAAUGUAACAUUACUAAAUGGUGUAAUAACAUUCAGCUGUACUGCAUUGAUGUCUGAGUUGCAAAUUAAAGACACUAACAUUCUUGUCAAUUUAA